AUGAUCACAUUAACGCAGGACAUUCAUAAGACAAGAUCCCACCCACGCCCGCGACAGGACCCAACCGCGCACCAGCACCCCGCCCUGCCCGGCGGGCGCAGCCUCUUCGUGGACGCCAUCAUCCCGUCGCCCGAGAAGAGCUGCGGCUCCAGCGUGUACUCGCCGGUGUUCUCGCCGCGGGACUCGGGCUACCCGCGCUUCGUCACGCCCGAGCUGGCCCUGCCCGAGCUGUCCGUGCCCGAGCGCGCCCCGCCGCCCGUGACGGGCCUGCCCGCGCCCCCGCACUGCCACUACUCGCACAGCCACAGCCUCGCCAACAACCCGCGCAGCCUGGAGCUCGACGAGCGGAAGCGCACCAAGGAGUCCCGCAAGAGCCCCGCCCACCACAAGGACGCGGCGCUGCACAAGCUGGGGAGGACUGCGACGACCACGCGACCCCCGCUGUCGAGCAAGCUGAGGCAGAAUGGCAUCAUCACAGCGCAGAAGCUCCCGGUCCUCACCAACAAGAGCAACUCGUCCUCGCGGGUCAACCUCCCCCACGAGACCUCCUCCAGAACCGGCCACAACGCCUCCUCCGACGGCGACACCGGCGGAGGGGGCGGAGGAGGCACGGGCGGCGUCGGGGGCACCACGGGAGGAGGAGGAGGAGGAGGAGGAGGCACGGGCGGAGGAGGAGGAGGCGGGGCGGGGUCCCUGCCGGUGCUGAACAACAACAAGGGGGAGAACAGCAACGAGUCCCCCCACCCCCGCCGCCUCCCCUCCAGCACCCGCGCCUCCUGCCACCCCGCCGCCGACGCCAACGGACACACGCUGCCCUUCACGCCGCAGGCCUCUACACACCAAACUCUCUUCCUUAUCCACACUCACCACUCCACACCAAAUUCGUUCUUCCAUCCACAGCAUACUCCACACCACUCUUUCCCUCAUCCACUACCUACACUCCACUCCAAACUCAUUUCCUCAUCCACACAACCCUUCCACACCAAAGUGAUCCCCCAUCCACACUCACACACUUUCCCUCAUCCACACAACCCACCCUCAUUCCCUCAUCCACACUGA